AUGGGCAUGAAAUUAGCAUUUUUAGUUCUAGGAAAGCGUCCUAAGAGCAAGAAAAGCUUUGAGAAUUUCGCUACUAAAGGGAGCACCGGGCGAGUCCGGCGCAUCUACCAGUGCCGGGCGUGUGUGUGUGUACAGGCCGCGAGAGGCCGCUCGCCCGCGUCCCGCGCCGCGCUGCUGGCGGCGCGCCCUCAACGUCGACCCACCCUGGCUGCGCCGCGCCAAGGCCCGCUGACGCCACACACACAUUAUUUGACACUUGUGGACUAG